CAAAAAUGCCAAACCCAAUACUAGAACCGUCUGGCCAAGACAUGCACAAAAGAGAAAGGAAAAACAAAUCAAAGUCAAGUCUGUUUAUAUAUCCAUGGCUACUGCUCCAUGAGCUUCUGUUCCUGCAUGGACGCAUGCAUCUCUCGUCAAUCCGUCCAUAAAUCCAAGGAGUUGAGAACUUUGUGAUCCCUUCCAACCGGUAGCCAAGGACCUGUAGGUUGUAACUAUUUCCUCCGGAAUUUGGGAGGGGUUUGGUUUACCUGUGCAAGAAGAGGAAGAAGAAGAAGAGGAGGAGGAUGCAGGACGUUCCGUCUCCUCUCCCGGCAUUGAGCACCGCCUACCAGCCUCUCCCGUCGCUGUACCUCGGGUUCUUGGCGAUAUGGGCGGCCUCCGGCUUCUCCUGGGCCUUCAGCUCCUGGAGGAGUCGGCAUUUCCAGCAGGUAAAUAAUCUUCAGUGGAUCCUGGCUUUGGUGCCCUUGAUCAAAGCCCUUCAAAUGGCGCUAUCAUUUCUGUUCUGGUACUCGUGCGUGCACCUUCAGACAUGCUCGCUGUGGAUGUCAUUUGGCGUGUAUGUGACAGGGAUUCUCUUCCAGACGGCUUCCUUCGUUUCGUUCAUGCUCAUAUCACAUGGUUACUGCAUCAUGUGCGAGCGCCUCUCGAUCAGGGAGAGGCGAACAACUGCUGGUUUGGGAUGCCUUCUCUACCUCAGCCUGAUCGGUUACAAAGCUGCAGUUCCUUACUUCACAGUGUUUCUUCUGAUCAACUACUUCAUGUCAUUUUACAUCAUAUUUCGCCGCACAUCCCAAAACCUCAUGGUUCUAAGAGAACAGCUGAAUUUCAUAGAGGAAGAAGACAUCCAUUCACUGCACGGCGCACUGAACACAAAGUACACAAUGUUCAAGAGAUUUCAAGGUACAAUGCAGGUUGCAGUGGUGGCAUUCAUCAUGGUGUACAUGAGGGCUGAUGAUACACCAGAUAACUACUGGUUUCGCGUAUUGGUGCGUGAAUGGGUACAGUUUUGCAUAUUCAUGUAUAUUGGGUGGAAUUUCAGGAUACCUGAAGCAUCACUCCAUCUUCCAGUUGUACCCCUUAUGAAAUCUACUUGGGAGAUUGCUAUGCCUCCUAUUUACAGUGUGGAAAUGGAUGCAGCCGAUUUCAAAGGCCUCGUAUCAGACCACUGGCAUGUCGGAGUGAGAACUUCUCAUACCAACUCAAGUUGUCCUUCACAGCCAUUGCUAGUGCUAGUUCAGAAUCCUAGUCCAAAGGUUUCCACUGCUGCCACAGCUUCGAGGUUACAGUUGAACAAGAACAACCAAGUUUAAUUUUGAAACCAAGACGCAGAAGAUCGCAUCGACCAGUUGAUUCGGAAGUGGUCGGCAUAACAUUGUUGUGCUGUACAGUGAAAUACAGGGGGAAAAAGUUUCACCCCUUUUUGGUUUCUGUUAAUAUUUCAUAGGAAAGAGCACGCAACAUGUAGAUUUGCAGACAAGGGGGUAUUUGCUAUUCAGCAAUUGUACCACCAUUUACAGCUCAGAGUUUUUUUUCUAAAGAAAAAGAAAACACGUGAAUUUCUUCAUGUAAAAAGAAAGGAGAAUGUGUGCUUAACACUUAUCAGCAACAAUCUCAUCUGAAGGGAGCGAGAUAGUUAAGAAAA